UCCCUUUUCGUUUCCUCUCUCUUGUACUCAAAAUCGUCAAAAUAUUUUUACAUCGUCAUAUGCACUUUUCCGUCCUCCGAAAAGCAAAAACUUGUGUUUUAAUUUUCGAAAAAAUGAUGAAAUUUAUCUUACAAAACAGUUUAUCCGGCUAGAAUUCUUUACGUUUACCUACUCGUCAUAAAUUAUUCCCGAAUAAUGUACAGUAAGUUCGAUACCAGUGAGUUUACGCGACGCCUCAAACGAACCUUCGACGGAAACAUUUCGUAUCGGAAGUUGUUCCUGAUUCUGUUUGUGGUUGCCGUGUUUCUUCUGUAUGUCGGGCCAUCGUUUUUGCGAUGGCUGUUUGGACGAAGCGAACCCGCAAAAGAUCAUACGAAUCGCUGUAUGGAUGACCGGUUGACCCCGUUCUAUUUGCAGAAUUUAGAGUUCAAUGUAAACAUCCGGCAUCAGCCACCGUUUCCACAUGAGCACGACGCAAUCCCGUAUGUGGGGAAUGGACUUUUUGGGCUGGAAAUUCAAUCCGACGCACAUUUGAACAUCUUCCGUGGUCGUGCCCUUACGGAGCAGAUCAAUUUUCACCCCAUAGUGAGCGUUGCUACCGGUCAAGGGACUGCCGCUCGAGGGGAUUCCAGCUUUGAGUCGUCCCAUCGGGAAGCAACGGUGGUCGAAUAUCUAAGCGGAAUCGUUCACCGGUUCCAGUGCUUUCCGGAAGGCUAUUUCGUUUCUUACCAGUACUAUGCUCACAGAACCAUGCCAUCGGUGCUGGUUCAGGAGAUACAGAUAACGAACACCAAGAAUCAACUUGUUGAUGUUGAGUUGGUUGUACCGAGAAUUUCCGAUUGGCCGACAGCGAUUACCAAGAGUGUUAAACUUCAACACGGUUCAACCAUUCUUGAGUACCAAGCGAUAACGGGUUCGGUGGAUGUUCCGGGUACGAUGGCAGAUGACGGAGGUAAACGGAUCAGAGUGGUUUCAAUAGUGGCACGGAAAAUGCCCCGGGUGAUAACGCUUAAAAAACGAGGUACCACUAAGCUUGAGCUACUGAUGACCAUCAGUUAUUCCGAUCCGAUCAAUCGUGAUAAGUUCGCGACCUUCCGCGAUUUGACCGAGCAGCAAGCGCUGGAUUCAAUGAACAAGGCGCUUCAGGCAGCCGAACACGGGGAACAUAAUGCUUACUAUGCAUUCAAGCGUGACCAUGUGAGGGUUUGGAACAGUUUAUGGGAAACUGGAUUUCAUAUUAGUACAUCGAAAGCGGAAAACACGCUUAACGGAAAUGACAUAAACGCCACGAUGUACGCUGUGAUUUCACAGUCCAGGGCUUAUGAGUUUGAGGAAUUGAGCAGCCCUCAGAAGAAAGCAGAAAUUGCGAGAGCUUUGACUUAUGCUGAAGGGUGUUAUGACAGUUACCACACUUUACAGGCAGAAAAUCUGUGGAAAAAGUUGAGCAGUUUGGAGGAAUUUAAUUCCGUUGUUGCUUCCUGGAUGUUGACUUUGGAAAAGCAAGGCUGUCACAAUCUCCUGAAAGCGGGUGCCAGCGGAAUUGUUCAAGCGAUGGUUCUCAGUUUUGGUGGGUUCCGUUUCAGUAAUCAGCAUUUGGAGUUGAAUAUCCAUCCUAAAUAUCUGCACCGAGAUUAUAAUUUCCGUCGACUUAAUUAUGGAAAUAUGACGCACGUUAAUGUGUCGAUUACCGUGGGAGAUGACAACAAAGCGGUGCUGUAUGUAGCCUUGGAUCGAUCGGAUCGUAGCUAUUACGCCUGUGAUGCUGGAUGCUUGGACAUACCGAUUCAACUGGGUCCAUCCAAAACCCUUUUUCCUGUCAAGCUUACUGAGCCACUCACAUCAAUUCUCUACAUAACUUCGGAUAAGAUACACAUGGAAGACUUGCGGCAUGCUAUUCACGUCAAAGAAGUUGUCGAAGCUCCGGCCCACGAACAUCAUGUGAUUGCCCUACAUCGCCACGGCCAUUCGUUGGGCGGACUACCGACCCUUUUCUGGGUUUCCAUAUGCGUUAUCAUCAUCGUGUUCCACGUGUUCCUGUGCAAGCUGAUAGUGAAGGAAUACUGCGAACCCCCGGACAAAAUGCGGUACCGGUACAGCAAACCUUAGAGAGAUUUGGGCUGCAGCAGGGGGCGCAGAAAGGAUGGCACCGUGUGUUUUACUACGAUAGAUAGAGACUGUACAUAGAGUAGCGUUAUCGUUCCGUUUCCUUUCGUCUGUGCAUAACAAUUUGUAAACCAAUAGACAUUUGGUUCUGUCUAAAUAAGAUAUAGUAAUAUUCGCGAACAGCUUUGGUCAGCAAUGCUAAAUCUACAAUAAAAUGUGUACUAGGU